UCUCUUAGCAACAGGCAGACCUUCACCUACACUCUGCCAGUUACCAGGAGCAACAGCGAUGCUUGGAGCCAUUCUGGAGAGGAGACGGACCGGUGGAGUCAGAUCGAGCCCAGUAGCCGCUGUAAUGCCCCAAAACUGAAGCUGCGUCUUUUCAUAAGAUUGCCUGCGUCGUGUGUUUUGUGCCGGAGACGUUCGGAAUCCUUCCCUGGUGUGUGAGUGUGUUUGCGGGAACUGCUGUUUCCCAGUGCCGACUAAAGAUCCUUCCAGCAUCCUGAAAACGGAAAACCUUCAUCCGGACUUUCCUAUUCUGUGGAACUUCAUUACCCACAAUGCACACACCAGCCUCCAUGGUGACGGGUAUCGUGUUUGCUCCACUGGGACUGGUGCUGCUGUUUACGGCUGCCAUCACCCCUCAGUGGCGCGAGGGGCAAGCUUGGCUGGGCGGGGCCAGGCAGGCCGUGGGCGGAGCCAAAGGCAGGGAGCUCCUCCUCCUCCGCUCUGACGGACUGUGGGAGAGCUGUCUGCAGGUGGCGAACUCCGAGCUCAGGGAGUGCUGGCCGGCGUCCGGACCGUACCAACGGGACGCACGGGUGCGGGCCGCCCGCACCCUCAUACUCUCCUCCCUCUUCCUGUGCGGCACGGGAGUCGUGCUCGCCAGCGUCGGCAUCCGCUGCUGGACCGACGCGCCACUCAGAAAUGUGGCGGCAGGCGGCGGCCUGCUGGUGGCGCUGUCGGGCCUGCUCAGCUUGGCGGCGCUGGGAGUGUACACGCGACACCUCUCCGAGCUGGGCGUGGAGCUGGCCUCCACUGUGUCGGGGUUCCAAGGACUGGAUGUGCACAAGAUGCCCAGCCUGAGCCUCCGCCCGGCCGGGUCGCUCUACUUCGCAUGGGUGGGGGCCUGGGUGCAGGUGCUGGGUGGAGUGGCCCUACUAUGCGGGGUCCGACGCCCACGGUGCCCCGCACGGACUCAUGCGGAGAGGGCAGAGGCUUACGAGGUAAACUGCUAAUCUGGAUUUACGAGGUACGCCGCUUCGAAGGACGCUCGGCUGUGUGGACCACCAGGAGCCACGGACGCGGUCCGAGUGACACUCGUCACAUGCAUGAGGACUCAGUGAGGAUACUGCACGUAAACGGACUCCACAGAGACAUCUCGCACGUGUACAGGCUUCUGAGCAGGUGGACGAAACCUCACCGCAUCCGGAACAGCUCCGCUCGGGUCAGUUUGGGUCAUUAGCAUGUCCCAAACAUCCACGCUACUCACAGACACUGGAGAGAAAUUUAAGGCCAGCCCAGGAUUUUUAUCAAUCAGGUCUGAUAGGUUUGGUCUUAUGGGCUGGAUUUUUUUUUUUUUUUUUUUUUUUUUUCAUUUAAUGAAAUUACCAGCUUUCAGUGAGUAAUCCAAUUUAGAAGAUAAAAAAUAACAUUUGAUUUAAAAAAAAUUAGUCUGCCUUUGAUCGCAUAUGAGCAGGACAGCAAUAAGAACCGGAUGCGUUAGGACGGCUGUGAUCUGAGCUCUCGGUAUCGGCACAGGGACUCUCGCGAGAGCGACGUUACCACAGCCGUCUGGUCAGUCCCACAGUAGCAGAAAUUGCCAAAGAUCUUUUACCGCCGCUAAACGGCGGAUCCUGUGGGCCGACGGAUUUGACAAUAUCAAUUAACCGAAGUAAUCAACCUUUUGUUUCCGGCUUCGCUCAAAACUGAGGGUUGUGGAAUCAAAAGUGAUAUUAUUUCAGGCCGUAUAAGUAUCCUGCGUAUAAUUACUGCUGUUAUUAAGCCCUAAUGGGACAUGAAACCUAAGCCAUUUGAGCUGUUUCGCUUCAGUAGUACUAUGUUGUUAGUAAUUACGCGUGUUAGUCGUGAUGUGCCACUCAUCCGGUGGCUCGACAAGCUUUAGAGGUGGAAGUGGGAUGUCAUGCUCAAGCAGCUCCGUCCUAUGGGAUGUAAACAGAUUUGUUUGUGCGCAUGCAGUGCUUUAACAUGUAUUUGCAUUUUUGUGUUUGUUUUCGAAAUGUUAAUGCUUUGUUUUGGUGUAUUUAGCGUGUAAACAGAAGAUAAUAGAACGAAUUUUAUAGCUCACUGGAAGACUGCUGCUAACCGACUACCGCUGCUUUAAAGGAAACACAGCUACAAAACUAAAAUGCCAGAAGAUACAUUUUAGAGAUCUCUAAUAUCAUAUGGGUGUAUUACAGUUCUGAAAUAAACACACAGAUCCAUGGUG